GGAGUUCUGACAAGACUGCAAGAUCUACACAGACCAAAGCAGCAAAGGAAACGCAUGACAAAAGAUGAAGAGCAGAAAAGAUGGAGGCAAGAGACAAUGACAACACAGCAGCUGGAGGAGGAGGAGGAGAGUCUGAAACUGAAUCUGUGACACCAAAUGACAAAGUAGAUAAGAUGGAGGAGAGUGCAGCCAAGUUUGAUCCAGUGAAUGAACCAGGUGAAGCUCAACACUCAGAGAAGAAUGAUGAAAGCACAGGAGGAGAGUCUGAAAUGAAGUCUGUACCAUCCACAACCAGUGAGAAAGGCAUGCCUGAACUCACAAUCGUGUUAAUUGGUGACACAAAUUCCAUUGAGACCGGAUCAAAAAACAUCUUACUUGACUAUGGCGAGCAAGCAAAUGUGAAACAGUUUUCAACCAAACUGUAUGAUUUAUGCGGCCGGCACAUCUCUGUCAUCAACAUGCUCGGUCUUCAAAACACUGAGGAAUUCCCAUUAAAUCAGGGAAUUCAUGCCUUUGUCUUACUGUUAGCAAAUGGUCUGCAUACCAGCCAUUACAGUUCAGGAGUGCAGUGGUUAGAGGAAGCUUUUGGGAAAGGAUCCCUUUCUUAUUUAAUGACAGCUGUGACUCAUGAGUCAGAUGAAAAAUGUGAAGGUGCAUUUAAAGACCUGAAAGCCAACAGCAGUUUUGUUGAAAACAGAUUCCAAACAUGUACAAGAAGUUUGAAUGAUGAAAAAGAGAUAAUAGCUCUGUUGGAAAAAAUAGAUGUCAUGGUCUCUGAAAACGAUCCCCACUGCUACAGUGGACUGAUGUGUGAAAGGAUGGAUUCCUCAGCGUUUCAGCAAAAUCAAACAGUUGAAGAGAUGGAGGAGGAUGCAGCUGAGAUCAACCUACAGGGUGAUCCAGUAAAUGAACAUGGAGAUGUUAAACAGUCAGAGAAACCAAAGAGAAAGAUGAACUGAAGGGGAGCACAAGAGCAGGAGGAGAGUCUGAAAUCAAGUCUGUAAUCCCAUCUGCAACCAAUGAGAAAGGAGAGGCUGAAGUUAAAGAGGUCAACAAUGAAAGCAGCAGUAAUGUGACUGAGCGGUCCAUGGAGGAGAGUGAUGCAGUGAAGCAGGCUAGUCCAACAUCUCAGGCUGUUUCAACGGAGA